AUGCUUCGCGUUAAACUUGCGCAUCCUAUCCUUCCCACCUCUCUCAUCCACCCUACUCGUCGCCUGCUCAGCCUUAAUGUUGCCAAUAGCAGCAGAACGACCACCCACACAUCCUCAGUAAACCCGUCCGAAAUAUCGCAUUUCUCCCGCCUAUCUUCGCAAUGGUGGAACGAGCAAGGCGAGUUCGGGCUCCUGCAUAAGAUGAAUCCUCCAAGGAUACAAUUCAUCCGGGAUAAAUUACUCGAAAUUGGGCGGGAAGAUGAGGGUGAAGCUUGGGCGAAUGAGCGAGGGGGAGCUGAUUUCUUAAGUGGCAUGGACGUGUUGGAUGUGGGGUGUGGGGGCGGUAUCUUGUCUGAGUCUCUGGCAAGAUCGGGAGCACGGACACUCGGUGUUGAUGCUUCAAAGUCGAAUAUUGCUAUAGCUUCUAUUCAUGCCCUUGCAGACCCUCUUCUAACUCCAUCGACCUCACACAUGCGGAAUGGUUCUCUAAAAUACCGACACUGCUCCGCAGAAGACCUCGUCCAGGAGCAACAACGUUUUGAUAUGGUAUGCUCCAUGGAAGUGAUCGAGCAUGUUGAUAAUCCCGCAGAUUUCCUUCGCUCAUUGGCCGAGCUUGUGAAGCCCGGAGGUCAUCUCUUCCUCUCGACCAUCGCACGUACACCACUAGCCUACGCGCUGACCAUCCUCGCCGCCGAACGCAUCCUCCGACUAGUUGAACCUGGCACACAUACACAUUCUAAAUAUAUCAAUCCCGCCGAGCUCGUUGAAUUCUUCCACCAAUACUCCUCUCCGUCUACACUUCCGUCAUCAUCAAUGUCUUCGACACGCGCGCCAUCAUCGUUCGAAGACGAAUCGCCGAAAAAACAAGGGCGGAGCUGGAUCACGCGGACGUAUGACUAUGGAUUACCCACGCGGACGGAGGCAGAGGUGAGGGGUUUAGUGUAUGUGCCGUGGAAGGGUGAAUGGGUGCUCAUGCCUAGAGUGACCACGCCAUGGGCAACAGAGUGUAACUAUAUGUUCUGGGUGCGGAGGCCUAAGGAGUAA